AAGUGAUCGCACACCUUCCGCUUCUUAAGUGGUCGCACACCUUCCGCCCCUUAAGUGGUCGCACACCUUCCGCCUCUUGGGUAAGUGUUACUAGGACAUGUCAUAGCUUCAUCCGUCGUUCCCUUAUAGCGGUUUGAAUCUUCUUGUUCUCAGUAUAGGCCUUCAAUAGUCCAUCUUCACUCUUUCAUUUAACUCCAUGGCCUCUUUCUAUUCUACUGAGUUAUAUGUGACUGCUGACCCAAGAACACUUGCUGAAGAACAACCCCUCCCCGAAGCCUGUCGUCCCACGUCCUUAUCAAUGAGGGUAGUUUGCUUUUCGGCACUGGGACACCCAGAUCUUGUCGCUCAUUGGAAGUCGCUCCAAUCCGAGGAAGCGUUCGAAACUGUUAGGAGCAGGUUGUGCUCUAUCCUGGCCUGCACUAUGACCACAGCAGGCGUCAUCCUCGCUCUAACUGGCGUUUUCGUCACUACAGGGUCUCCUGUGUCAUACCUCGACUAUACAACACCCGCUCCUCAUUGCCUGCUGGUCACGUCGCUCAUGCUCGCUAUGAUCGCGCUGUUGACAUCUGGCUCGAGCAUGAUGCGUUGGGUAAACACCAAUCGGCACUGGGCUCAACAGUCACCCCCCGUGUUCUUCGUCGCCUGGUCUCUACAUUGUUUCAUGUUUGCGAUGUUGAUAGUAGGUUUUUCCUCUCAAAGCAUGAUUUGCCGCGCCAUCACUGCGUUCUGGCUGGUCACAUACGUCAUCAACAUUGGUCCGAUGUUCCAUCAACAUCGGACCAAUGUUGAUGGAAACUAUGUGGAAAUAUACGACAAGCCUCGAUCACGCUAGAUAUCGCCGGUAGUAUCCACUUUCCACUUUGCUUUUUGUUUCACAUGCGGUUUGUUUAUGUUAUACAGGCACUCCCCUUCGGUUGGCUCUACGACAAUAGUGUUUGCAGUAGGAAAUAUUAUAUUAGCAUCGUCUCAUAGACCUAGUGUCUCUUCAAUAUCAGUUGUGACGCUUACGAAAAUCGCCCGAAAAUUUGUCUAGAAUUUUAUCGUUGAAAAUCCAU